ACUAAAUAAAUUAGAUUUUUUCGAAUCCUCCAAAACUGGAUUUUGACUGAAAACAAAAAAAAAGACUUUUUAUCUGCAUUCUUCUGUAGUUUUGUGCCACAAAUAACGGAAAAUCAAUCAAAAAUUAGAUUUUAAAAGGGAAAAGUUCACAUUACAUCACACACCUAAAAAAUUCCCUAUGACCUAAUUUCGAGGAAAUCCAUAAGAAAAUGUUGAAAAUUCCCGGAUUAAAAAAGAAGAAAAAGGGCAAGAAGAAGAAGGACCAAGAACUUUUCACGGAAGAAGAGCUCGAACAGUACAAGCAAGAACAAGCGAGAAAGGCAGCCUUAGCUGCAAAUGGCAAUAAUGACCAUGAAACGCAUGCUACAGAAGCAGUUCACGAAGCAACCGAAGAAAAAACUGAAGAAAGCUCCGAACAAACGAACGACGAGGAAUGGUCUCGUUUUGCCGCUCUCACAACUGGAAUCGAUUCCGUGCUGAAAAAGACGCAAGAUGACCUUGAUCGUAUCAAGUCUCACUCCUUUUUCCAACGAGUCGCUCCAAAGCCUGACGAACCGAAAAACACCGAGCCCCAAGAACCGGAAGAGGAUGAAGAAACGAAAAAAGAACGUUUGAUGGAAGCUUUGAAAAAUGCGGUUGUCGAACUUUCAGAAUCUGAAGCGGAGGAAAGUGACGUUGAUGAUGCCAGUAUCUUCGACGCAGAUUACCUUGAGAAAGUUGAAUUGCCCGACGCGUUUAUUCCCGAGUCCCCAACCUUCGAGGAGCCCGAGGGAGAUGAUCCUUUCGACACUGGUUACGCCGAGAAAGUCAUCAAAGGUCCCGAAGUCUCGAAAUCCGGGAAAAAAAUCGUGAACAUUGGAGCUGCGGCAUUAGUUCUCACGGGAGCUGUCGACAACCUCCCAAAAUCCGCUUUAGUAAAGAGACCAAAAAGACGCCAACUUAAGAAUUUAUUGUUAUCGAGCUUUGAUGCGGAAAACGAAGAUCCCGAGGAGAAAGGUGAAGAAGAAAAAGUCGAAGAAAAGCACAAUCAACUUGACGAUUUGUUCGAAAUUGAAGACGACGCAAAAAAUGUCGAAAUUGAUCUUACGGUGUCGCUUCAUGUCAAGUAUCAGGAGAAAAAGGAAGAACCUGAACCCGCAGAAGAUGGCGUCGAUUCGGAAGUUUUGAAGGAAUUUGACGCGUUGAACGAAGAAGAUGACGAAUUUGCUCAAUUAGCGGCAGAGUCAUUGCACAAGCCCGCGGAAGUGAUUCAAGUAAUCGAAGCCAUUCCAGUAUUAGAAGCAAAGCCUCCCGAAAGCACGGAUUGGGCAGAAUUCGAGCAAACGGAAGACGUGCUCGAGAUUAAGGGAAUCGAGACAGAAUUGGAAACCCCCGUAGAUGAUGACGAUCCCUUCAACACGACUUUCGUUGAAGCUGUUCUCCCCAAAGUAGAUAGUUUCGAGGAAUUAGCACGUGAAAGUAUCAGUAAACCUCUUAAAGAGCCUCCGCCAGCGAGACCUGCGCCUCCAAGACCUGGACCUCCGCCGCCUCGUCCCCCGCCUGCGGAAAUUAACUUGAUGGAAGGAAAUCCCUCGAUUAGCAUCACAAAUGACGAUGACAUUACUCGUGAUGAACUGGCGAGACGUAAAUCCUCUCUGAGUCUCAGUAUUUCGGCGAAAAAUGUGCAAUUUGCGGUUCCAACUCCGGAUCCCUUGAAGAGCGACAUCGAGUUUAGUACGUUAAUAAAGAAACCCCUGACACCGUAUUACCCCAAAGAAGACGAAGCCGAUGACGAGGAAGCUUAUGUUGAUCCCUUUGACACUUCUUUCGUGCCGAAUGUGCAACCGAGUCAAUUAGAACUGAACUACAUUGAGAAAGAAAUGUUGAAAAAUCUCGAAGAUGAUGAUUUUGAUCCGCGAGCUGUGACGCCGGAACCUAAAAUCCCGCUUCCAGCUGCGACAAAGCCCGUUGAACCAAUCCCGGAAACACCAAAAGCUCCCGAAGACCCGUUCGGUAAUGAAAUUUUCGAUGACGAUAAAUACUCGGCUCUUGCAAUAAUCGACGACUCACAUAAAUCUGUCGCCAAACCAGAUGCGGAUCAACUUGACAUUCUCACAAAUACUUUAGCAGAUGCAGCUGUUGAUGUGAAAGUUUUGACGCCAAUAAAUCAGGCAGACUCCUUCGAAAUGGCUGAUAUCGAUCCAUUUGACACGACAUUCGCGGAAAAUAUUCGGCCAGGGGAAGCGGAACUCAAAUUAAUCGAGAGUGAGUUAAUUCAAUAAAAAAAAUUAAAAACAAUAAAAAUUUAUGUUAAUUUGCAAUAAAACACAACACUCAACACAUCAUCAUAUCGAAAACUCAUUGUUCCAAAUAAAUACACUUCAUUACGGUUAAAUUAAUAUUAAAUUAAAUUAAAUUAAUGAGAAAAAUAU